GAAGGUUCUUCUGACAAAGAGAGAGAGAGUUAGGAGGAAAAGAAAUAGUUGGUAAUUUUUUUUUUUUUUUUUUCGGUUUUUUGGGUGUUGGAGUUGGAGACAGCUUAUUAUAUACAAACAGAUACAGAGAGCACUGUGUAGAGCUGUGUGUGUAUGAUGGAGGUGGUGGUGGUGAUGUGAAGCUCUGCAACUCAAAACACUAAGAAGUAAGAACCAACAAGAAGAAGCAGAAAGGGGAAGAAGCACAAAAGAAGAAGGUAUGAGCGGCGAAAAGCUUCCUCCUCAAGGAGUAGCAGCAGCUAAUACUUCAGGAAGUGCUUCGGCGGUUGAGUUCUGCAAGGGCGUCAAUGGCCUCGAGAAGGUCGUCCUUCGCGAGCCCCGUGGCACUUCCGCCGAGGUCUAUUUGUAUGGGGGGCAUGUGACAUCAUGGAAGAAUGACCAUGGUGAGGAAUUGCUGUUUGUCAGUAGUAAGGCGAUAUUUAAGCCUCCGAAAGCAAUUCGUGGUGGAAUUCCAAUAUGUUUUCCACAAUUUGGAGGUCUUGGUUCUCUUGAGCAGCAUGGAUUUGCUAGAAACAGGUUUUGGAUAGUAGACACUGAUCCACCUCCUUUUCCGGUACCAACAUCCAGUAGGGCUUAUGUUGAUUUGCUACUUAAGCCUUCUGAAGAAGAUUUGAAGAUCUGGCCUCACAGUUAUGAGUUCCGACUGCGCGUAGCUUUGUCACCAGGUGGAGAUCUGAUGCUGACAUCUCGUAUCAGGAAUACCAACACUGAUGGGAAGGCAUUCUCAUUUACAUUUGCCUAUCAUACGUAUUUCUCUGUUUCAGAUAUCAGUGAAGUUCGAGUAGAAGGCUUAGAGACCCUGGAUUAUCUUGACAACUUGCAGAAUAGGGAGCGCUUUACUGAACAAGGGGAUGCGAUAACGUUUGAAUCAGAAGUUGACAAGAUCUAUCUUAGCACUCCUACAAAGAUUGCAAUUCUGGAUCAUGAAAAGAAGAGAACAUUUGUAAUGCGCAAAGAGGGACUUCCAGAUGCUGUGGUGUGGAAUCCCUGGGACAAGAAGGCAAAGGCUAUGGCUGAUUUUGGAGAUGAUGAAUACAAGCACAUGCUGUGUGUGGAGGCUGCUGCCAUUGAGAAAUCUAUCACAUUGAAACCUGGUGAGGAGUGGAAAGGAAGGCAGGAGCUGUCAGCUGUUCCUUCCAGUUACUGUAGUGGGCAACUCGAUCCUCAUAAAGUUCUACAAGGCAGCUGAAAGAUCGUCAAUCUGUGAUCUAUAUCUUGUACAGGUCCUAUGUUGCAACAUGUAGAUGGAUCGGGACUCCAAAAUUCUGCCAAAUUAUUAUUUAUUUUGCCAUUAAAUUUUCGUUUUAUCUUGGGUGAAAGACGGAUCUUGAUGACUUUAUUCUAAUAAUAGUAAUAAUAAUUAUCAAAAUAUAGUGGAUGCCUGUUAAGGACGUGUCAUGUUAGAGUGGAUGAUAAAUACAAUGGUCAAGGACUACUACUGCUGUGGUGGAUGGAGAUAACAUGUUUUUUUAUUCAAUGGAAUCUCUAUUUGGGUUGAAACUUGAAAGGGUAGUUGUUCUAUUUUACAUUCACAGUCAGUUUUGCUGUUUAUUUAUAUGUUUCUUAUUAUCAAUCUCCAUUUGAUGCUAUACAGCCUUUAAAAUUCUCUUC